AUGGGGUAUGUAAACGUGGAGAAGAGAUGGGUUUUUCCUCUUGUAAUCACAUCUCUUGUCUGCGUUUUUCUCCUUGCAACCUCUUUCAACAUGGGCCUUGUCUCUUCGCUUCGAAAAAUCAACGGGAUUUUCUCCAUCAUCCCUUCCCGUCUCGUCAAGAAUCAAACCAGGCUCGAUUUUGCAGAGUCCAAAGUUGCUAGGCAAACACAUGUUUCGUCUCACGAAGACAAGCUUCCCCGUUUUGCGUACCUUGUUUCCGGGUCUAAAGGAGAUGUAGAAAAGCUCUGGAGAACGCUUAGAGCAGUGUACCAUCCGAGGAACCAGUAUGUUGUUCACUUGGAUCUUGAAUCACCGGUGGAUGAGAGAUUAGAGCUGGCUUCUCGGAUUGAUAAGGAUCCUAUGUAUUCUAAAACAGGGAAUGUCUAUAUGAUAACUAAGGCUAAUCUUGUGACGUAUAGAGGACCGACAAUGGUGGCAAAUACGCUUCACGCUUGUGCCGUUCUUCUUAAGAGAAACGCGAACUGGGAUUGGUUUAUCAAUCUUAGUGCUUCGGAUUAUCCUCUGGUGACUCAAGAUGAUCUGCUUCAUACGUUUUCCACAUUGGAUCGGAACCUCAACUUUAUUGAACACACAAGUGAAUUGGGUUGGAAAGAGGAGAAGCGAGCAAUGCCAUUAAUGAUUGAUCCUGGACUCUACUUGUUGAACAAAUCAGAUAUUUUUUGGGUCACACCUCGUCGAAGUUUGCCUACCGCCUUUAAGUUAUUCACUGGAUCAGCUUGGAUGGCUCUAUCACGUUCGUUUGUAGAGUAUUGCAUAUGGGGAUGGGACAAUCUACCUCGAACCAUGCUAAUGUAUUACACCAAUUUCGUUUCAUCACCCGAAGGUUACUUCCAGACGGUGAUUUGCAACGUGCCCGAGUUCUCAAAAACCGCCGUAAACCAUGACCUUCAUUACAUCUCCUGGGACACCCCGCCGCAGCAGCACCCACACGUGUUAUCCCUCAAUGACACGGUGAAGAUGAUAUCGAGCGGUGCUGCAUUUGCUAGGAAAUUCAGAAGAGACGACAAAGUACUCGAUAUGAUUGAUAAGUUGCUUCGACGGAGGAAUGGCGAAGAUGGUUUUACUCCUGGUGGGUGGUGCAGUGGGAAACCAAAAUGCUCCAUGGUCGGUGAUGUGGCUAACCUUAAGCCUAGCGUUGGAGCUAAGAGGCUUCAGGGACUUGUGGACAGGUUAGUCAACGAGGCUAAAACCGGACUUAAUCAGUGUAAAUAG